CGGAGGGCGGACAAGGGCCGAGCACGCCCGCUCCUGCGCUGCGGGGCGACCGCCGGGGGGAAGGAGCGCCGCCGCCGCCGCCGCCGCCGCCGCCGCCAGGGAUCCGGCCCAGCAUGGCGGAGCAGAAGCGCCUGGCCUUCGCCAUCAUCGAGUUCCUGCAGGAGCAGCUGCAGCACGGCAGGCUCUCCCCGGACGCGCAGGAGAGCCUGGAGGUGGCCAUCCAGUGCCUGGAGACGGCCUUCGGGGUGUCCGUGGAUGACAGGAGCCUGGCUAUCUCGCAGAAGCUCCCCGAGAUCUUUGAAGCUGCUGCGUCCCAGGAGCCGUUGCAGAGCUGCCCCGUUGCUGAGCCCGUCCCUCCAUCUGAAGAAGACAUGGCCGAAGCUGAAAGGCUAAAAGCUGAAGGAAAUGAGCAGAUGAAAGUGGAAAAUUUUAAAAGUGCUGUCUCCUACUAUGGAAAAGCCAUUGAGCUCAACCCGUCCAAUGCUGUGUAUUAUUGCAACCGAGCUGCCGCUUACAGCAAACUCGGAAACUACGCAGGAGCAGUGAGAGACUGCGAAAGAGCCAUCAGCAUCGACCCCAAAUACAGCAAGGCCUACGGCAGGAUGGGCCUGGCCCUGUCCAGCCUCAACAAGCUCUCGGAGGCGGUCUUCUACUACGGGAAGGCACUGGAGCUGGAUCCAGACAACGAAACCUACAAGUCAAACUUGAAAGUCACUGAACAGAAGAUGAAGGAGGCCCCAAGCCCAACAGGCAGUGCCGGAGGGUUCGACUUGGCCGGGCUGCUGAACAACCCCGGCUUCAUGAGCAUGGCCUCAAACCUGAUGAACAACCCACAAGUGCAGCAGCUGAUGUCGGGGAUGAUCUCAAGCAGCCAGAGCCCCAUGGCAACCCCGGGAGCCAGCACCGCCCCGCAUGACCUCGCCAGCCUCAUCCAAGCAGGCCAACAGUUUGCUCAGCAGAUGCAGCAGCAAAAUCCGGAGCUCAUAGAACAGCUGCGCAGCCAGAUCCGGAGCCGGACACCCAGUGCCAGCAACGAGGACCAGCAGGAGUGAGGCAGCUGGCCAGUGAGUCUUUCUCCCGCCCUGGCGUGCUCUGCUUUUCGUCCGGAAGGUGUCCUUUGCCCCAAGGAAGGAUGAGCGGAAGAGCCGAGCUGUGGCUGCCGUUCCUUGGUUGGAGAAGCCCACGAGGGACGGGGCAGGGUGGAAGUCAAGCCUGAUCUGACCUGCAUGUUAGAGACUGUUUCUCGUAGCCUCCCCUCCCUGCUUCCUCCCCACUUUGCUCCUGCGUGGACUUUGCCCGGAGGCUGGGGAGUUACUGACCGCAGACCAGCAUCUCCCCCCCCCGCACCGGACCCUCGAAGUCAAGCCUUGUAGGCUGUCGACUGCCACACCUUUUCCUGUUGUGCAGAGGAACAUUCCUCCAGAGCCUGCACCCCUCUCCAGCUGGGACAGGCCCCGUGGACCCUGGUUCAACUGGUGUUUCCAAGCCAGGAUUUCCUUCUCAUACCACUGCCGGCUCUUGGCGCACCGGAGCUGGAUUUCCUUCUCAUACCACUGCCGGCUCCUGGCGCACCGGAGCUAGCUUGCCCAUCUGUUCAGCUGCCACCGCCUCUGUGGAGAGGCCUCUCUCGGUGGGGGGCAGGAUCCAGCUGGCUGGCUGGGAGGGGCAGUUGGUGGGACUGGAAUCGGCUUGUGGGGAAUGCAGGAGGGUGUCCCUUGUUCUUUUCAGCAGGACUUUUAAGAAGGAUCAUGGCUAGCGUGGUGUGAAUUUUCUGCAGGUGGGUCGGGUGGAGCAGGGGCUUCUUUUGAAAAUACUUUCGGGCCUGAGGAAUUUUGCCUGGCUGGAUUGGCUGGCAAAGGGCGUUUCCGAGUUCCCAGCACAAAAGGCAGCAGUGGUACUCAGCCGCUGCCCAGGAAUGAGCCGAGCUGCCCCUCGGUUCCUGCGCAUCCCCAGCCUCUGGCGCUUGCCUCGUGGCCAGGGGCUCCUCCCCUUGUCUGGUGCCAAGAGGAGCGUGGCUCUUACCUAGCAGUUGCAGCCUGGAGGGAGCCCCUCGGCCUGGAACCACCUGUGUGUGUGUGUGGCUGCCCUGAUUCGAACCUGCUGAGUCUCCCAGCUCCUGGUCCAGCCAGCAGGCCAGGCCAAAUGGCAGCCCAAGGGCCUUGGGAGAGGGGUCACCAGCUCUUAUCCCCAUCUCCCAGAAAUCAUCCUGCCCAGUGUUGGCCGAGGUGCCCCUUUGCUGGCUGGCUGGCUGGCUGAAAGCAGCAGUGUCUGUGAUCCUGGGAGAGAACUGGCCUGGACGCUUUCUUGUGCCCACCUGCCCUCCUGGAUAGCCUGUGUGUGUCUGCCCCACAGUCUGCCAUGGGGUAGAACCUUGUCAUCUGCCUGUGUCAGAUUCCUCAGCGCCCCCUUGCUAGAGGCUACUGGGUGAAGGCUACAAAGCUGCUUCAGUCCUCCGAGUCUGGAAUGGUUAGGCACCAGGGGCCUAUGUGGAUUUCAGGGCCCCAGGAGGCAGCUAGUAGAAAAGGGGGUGGAGCGGAGUCCAGCUCUGACAUCUUCCAGCACUGGGCAACAAAGCCCAAGGCAUCAGCAGGACACCAGGUGGG